AUGUCGUGUGGCGCGGAAGCGACAAUUUCCGAAGCGAGCGAACUCAAGCCGUGCUGCGGGGGACGAAUCGGAGACGGAGGUCGAGCCGUCCUCGGAGCAGGAGGGCAGAGCCUGCUGGUCCUUAGCGGCUUGGAGCUGCUGCAGCAGGGCGCCGAGGCGCGCGUCUUCCGCGGCCGCUUCCAGGGCUGCGCGGCCGUGGUGAAACAUCGCUUCCCCAAGAGCUACCGGCACCCGGCGCUGGAGGCGCGGCUCGGCCGGCGGAGGACGGUGCAGGAGGCGCGGGCGCUGCUCCGCUGUCGCAGCGCGAGUAUAACUGCCCCAGUUGUCUUCUUCGUGGACUAUGCUUCUAACUGCUUUUAUAUGGAAGAAAUCGAAGACUCGGUGACUGUUCGAGAUUAUAUCCAAUCUACUAUGGAGACCGAAAAAGACCCCCAGUGCCUCCUGGGCUUAGCCAGGAGAAUCAGGCAGGUUCUGGCUAGAAUGCAUGACAAAGACCUCAUUCACAGAGACCUCACCACCUCCAACAUGCUCCUGAGGCGGCCCCUGGAGCAGCUGCACAUCGUGCUCAUCGACUUCGGGCUGAGUUUUGUUUUGGGACUGCCGGAAGAUAAAGGCGUCGACCUCUGUGUCCUGGAGAAGGCCUUCCUCAGCACCCACCCCCACACCAAGACAGUGUUUGAAGCCUUUCUCAGGAGCUAUGGUACAUCUUCCAAAAAGUCCGGUCCAGUUCUUAAGAAGUUAGAUGAAGUGUACCUGAGAGGGAGAAAGCGGUCCAUGGUCAGGUAG